UUAUUUAUUUUAGAAUAAAAAUGAACAGCGCGGCAUUGUCGCUAAUGCUGCGCGGGGGUCAUCUGGCACAACUGGGAGGGAAAGCAAAGUUUCUACCUGCUCUUCAGCUUCGUUCUACCUCUACUUCUACCCCAGCUCAGGGACAGAAUUCCUCAAUUGCAGCUCGAGCAGCCAACGAUGGAUAUUCUCCCUUCAAGGUGGACUUCAAGGCUAACAAGGUCGAGUGGACCAUGGCAAGGAUGGACGAUCUUGUAAACUGGGGCCGAAAAGGUUCCCUUUGGCCCUUGACCUUUGGUCUGGCUUGUUGUGCAGUAGAGAUGAUGCACAUUGCUGCUCCUAGAUACGAUAUGGACAGAUACGGAAUCGUUUUCCGUGCUUCCCCCCGGCAAGCUGAUGUAAUUAUUGUUGCUGGAACUCUCACAAAUAAGAUGGCUCCUGCCUUCAGGAAGGUUUAUGACCAGAUGCCUGAGCCUAGAUGGGUUGUGUCUAUGGGCAGCUGUGCUAACGGAGGUGGAUACUAUCAUUACUCUUAUGCAGUUGUCAGGGGUUGCGACAGGAUUGUACCUGUGGAUAUCUAUGUACCAGGAUGCCCUCCAACUGCUGAAGCCCUUAUGUAUGGGUUCCUGCAGCUACAGAAGAAAGUUAAAAGAAUGCACCAAGUCCAGGCCUGGUAUAGAACAUAAGAAGCUGAACAAGAAUCCCAACCUGCAAUGGCGACACUUAUUAAAUAUCCCUAAUAUACAAUCUGUACAAACUAAUGCUUCGAUGCUGAAUUUAUAUGUAGUCAAAUGUAAUAAUUUUCAGCACGACUAUUUGCCAUUCA